AUGUCGUGUGCAUGCACUUUGUCUUCGGUGAAAUCAUUUCCCCUUUUUCUAUCGACAUUAGCGACUCUGCUGGCAGUGCUCUUAUCCAUUAUGGGUGUCCGGGCUCUUGGAGAGACCGACCUCAACCCAGUUUCGGGUAUCAGCAAGCUGACACAGCUGCUCUUUUCACUCGCCACGCCAGCAUCCCAUUUCUCCAGACGCACCGCACUCGUGACCAACCUGCUCGCGGGUGCAGUAUCCGAGUCAGGAGCUCUGCAAGCCGGUGAUAUGAUGCAAGAUCUAAAGACCGGUCAUCUACUCGGCGCAAGCCCCAAGGCCCAAUUCUAUGGCCAGAUAAUCGGCAGUCUUGUGGGCGCAGUUCUAUCAACUGCCGUAUACAAAUUGUACGUGAACGUCUAUGAGAUCCCAAGCGAAAUGUUCCGGACACCUACCGCAUAUAUCUGGAUUUUCACUGCUCGCCUUGUGACUGGUCAAGGGCUGCCCGAAAUGGCUGGACAAGUCUCUAUCAUUGCUGGUAUCGUGUGGGCGUUCCUUACCGCACUGAGGAUCGCAGCUGCCUCCCCAGCCUUUGCGCGCAACGGGAAACCACCCCCUUGGAGAUCUUGGGUCCCCGGCGGUAUUGCUGUUGCCGUUGGUAUCUUUAACGAGCCUUCAUUUACCCUGGCGAGAGCUAUCGGUGGUAUCGUUGCAUGGUGGUGGUCGCGCAAGCACGCUGAAUCAAGGACCGACCAAAUAGUGGCUGACGGCAAUGCCACUAUCAUGGGAUCUUCUAUAGAGACUGAGUUGCAGGAUGGUCAGAGAUCAUCAACGUCAACCGAGCAGGCAUCUGAAAAAGAAGAUUCCGCCUCCUCGACUGUCGUCGUCCUUGCCUCCGGCCUCAUUUUGGGCGAAGGUAUCAUGAGCAUUGUGAAUCUUCUUCUUGCAAGUGGACGCAAAUCACUAUCUCCGAGACGUAGAUGGACUCUAAAUUCCAAAUUGAUCCCUUUCGCCAUCGACAAUAUUGACAAUCGUAUUCUGAGGCCAUCCGAGGCUUGCUCCGACAUCGGCAUCGGCAUCUACAUCGAUUUGCCGAAGCGGCAUCCUGCUACAUAUGAAUCCUUGUUCAUGAGAGUAGCAAUCCGCACUCUACGGCAUUGA